GAUGGCUCGCUGGGAGGCUGACCCCUCAUCGCCAGCCACAGGGCAGGAGACCUGUUGCUCUCAGACCUGGGCCUGUGAUACCGGAGUUCUGGGGCAGCCUCUUGGAUCCGGCGGAUUCGAGGUCGGUCCCGGUGCAGGAACCCAGCUGAGGGAUCCACUUGUUCUCUGUGCUGCUCACUCCCCCCCACCCCCGCCGCCUGUGAAUGGAAACCAUGGCAACAGCAAGUGGGCAGCGGCGGGCGCCAUGGAGCCCGACCGGGCGGCGAGCGACCAGAUUGAGCCGGGAGCCACCGAGACCAAGAUCCAUUUCAAGGUCACCCGGUUCAUCAUGGAGGCAGGGGUGAAGCUGGGCCUGCGCUCCAUCCCUGUGGCCACGGCCUGCACCAUCUACCACAGUUUCUUCACGGCCACGGUGGCCCCGGGGCCCUAUGACCCCUACCUGGUGGCCAUGGCUGCGCUGUACCUGGCGGGGAAGGUGGAGGAGCAGCACCUACGCACCCGGGACAUCAUCAACGUCAGCCACCGGUACUUACACUCCCAGAGCGACCCCCUGGAACUCGACUCCCAUUUCUGGGAGCUGCGGGACAGCAUCGUCCAGUGCGAGCUGCUCAUGCUGCGGGUGCUCGGCUUCCGUGUCUCCUUCCGGCACCCCCACAAGUACCUGCUCCAUUACCUGCUCUCCCUGAGGCAGUGGAUGAACCGGCACAGCUGGGAGCGAACCCCUGUCUCGGCGGCGGCCUGGGCACUGCUCCGGGACAGCUACCACGGGGGGCUGUGUGUGCGCUACCCCCCUCAGCACGUGGCGGUGGCCGUGCUGUACCUCGCCCUGCACUGCUACGGGGUGGAGGUGCCCGCCCAUGCACAGGCCCAGAGACCCUGGUGGCAGGUGUUCAGUGAAGAUCUCAGCCAGGCUCAGAUUCACCAGAUCGUAUUGGACCUGAUCCAGAUUUACACCUUGGAUGCGGAAAUCUCCUAAUGGGGUCCAGAGAGCGACCCAGUGCUGGGGAGGGGACAGGCCCCAUUCCCACGCCCCGAGCCAGCCAGUCCCUGCCCUGGGGCUGGAUGGGCGCCAGUGCCCCUAGAGGGGAAAGACCCCAGGCCCCAUUCCCAGCCCCCUAAG